AUGAUGAUGAUGAUGAUGAUGAUGAUGAUGAUAAUCAAGUCCGUUAUGAACACGCAACUAAGUUGACAUGGAAUCAUAAAUAAUACUAUUUUCAAGGAAAAGUGAGUUCCGUCUUCACUGGGAUCCUGAAUCUUCUCUGAUAUCAGCAAAGGAUGCUGCUUUAUUUUUUUCCGCACAAAACAAACGUAGGAUUUGCUUCUUUGCCCAAAGCAAAUUCGUUACGGGUUAAACUGUACACACAACUCUCUGGGCUCUCUCUCUCUCUCUUUCGUUCCUAGCGAAAAGGAAGAAGCAAAGCAUCUUCCUUUAACAUCGACCCCUCUCUUCUCUGAGUUUUACUUGUUACAGAUAUUCAAGCCAUACUUGGCAACCCACCAUGACUGCCGAUACUACUAACCCAAGCUAUUGGUUAAAUUGGAGGUUCUUUCUCUGUGCACUAUGGAUUUUCAUCUCUAUGUCUCUGGCAGCAUUUUUAAUUUGGAGGCAUGAAGGAUUCAAUAAAUCAAGACAUGAGAGGAGAGAAAAUCAAAGAGAAGAAGCUGGACUGUUAUAUGAGGAUGAAGCAUGGCAGACAUGUGUUAGAGGAAUUCAUCCUGCUUGGCUGCUUGCUUUUAGAGUAGUUGCUUUUCUUGUACUUUUGGCAUUGAUCAUUGCCAACGUGGCUGCUGUUGGGGGGGGCAUAUUUUACUUCUACACUCAGUGGACAUUUACUUUAGUCACCAUAUACUUUGGGAUUGGAUCAUGUUUUUCCAUAUUUGGAUGUUUCAUUUACCCAAACAAAUUUGUGGAUGACACGGUCAAUCAUUCUUAUUUAGAUAGAGAGCAAGGCAUUUAUGUGGCUCCUAGGCAUGUGGGGAGUGAAGAUAUGUCUAACUUUCCAAAGAGUUCACAUUCCCAUCAAGAAACUCAUGCUCCAAGAACAGCUGGUUUAUGGGGUUAUAUUUUUCAAAUACUUUUUCAGACUUGUGCAGGUGCUGUCUUGCUCACUGACUUUGUGUUCUGGUUCAUAAUUUAUCCGUUUUUGACAUCCAAAGAUUACAGGCUGAAUUUUUUGAUUGUUUGUAUGCACUCCAUUAAUGCUCUUUUCCUCCUAGGGGACACAUCAUUGAAUUGCUUGAGAUUUCCGAUGUUUCGGUUUGCAUAUUUUGUCCUGUGGACGACAAUAUUUGUUGUUUUUCAGUGGAUCAUCCAUGCUUGUGUUUCAAUUUGGUGGCCUUAUCCUUUCCUUGACUUGUCAUCCUCAUAUGCACCUCUAUGGUACUUCGCUGUGGGUGUGCUGCAUAUUCCAUGCUAUGGCGCCUUUGCUCUAAUAAUAAGGUUGAAGCACUCUUGGUUGUCAAGAGCUUUUCCUGAUUCCUGUCGGUUUGUCCGUUAAUAACACAUUCCAAGAUUAUUAAGAACACAUUAAUAAUCCUAGCUGAGCCGUCUUAGAUAUUAGAUCUUGAUAAUACGAGAUAACUAUUAUACUAGUGCCAACAAAAUAGCGUGUUUACUAGAGCGCACUUUUUUUCGUCCAACAAAGGCAUUGAUGAAGGGGAAGAUUUGUACGUACGUACGUAUGUAGAGGUGAUGUUUCAAUUCGUUUGAGUUUAAGAUGUAUCUAUUUUUUAGAGCUUGUGGAUAGUUUCUUUUUGUUCCUUUUGUAAUAUUGUAUAUUUUGUGCAUCUUACAUUAUAUCUUUUCUGAGAGUGGAAUUCCUUUUUUGCGAGGACAAACAUGGUUGAAUUUUUCAUUUACAUUCAAGCCAAACAUUGCCCAAGUGGCCAAGUGAAAAAUCGGAUGACAAGAUUGGAUUUUCUAAAAAGAAAAUAAAUUAAAUUUUGAUCAUUUUUUGGGUUGAGGGGGUGGGGGAUCUUAAAAAUCAAACUCUCCAGAGGGAGACAAAUGGCAGGAUCUAUUGAAUUGGGUAAAAUGGGAAUUCCAUUACUCAAAUUAAGAAUUACGUCACCAAAGCAGCAGUUGGGUUACAAUAUCUGUUGAAUUGAAUGAAUGAAUUGCGAAAGGAGACAACCUCCAAAAGAGCAUUCCUCAAAAUCACCAAGAUCCGUACUUGCCCAUUGGUUUUGUUCUGGGGAAACAAGAGUAAGAUUGGAUGUGAACGGCUCCUUUAAAGGGGGUGUUUCGCGAUACUGAGUGGGUAGUGAGUUUCAACUCAAACAUAGGUAAUUACCCUCCAGCAAUUACAGAGAUUGCUAGCAUCUUUCAAGGACUUGAGCUAAGCUUUCGGUCAGGGUUUCAACAUGUGCAAGUCUUUGCUGGUUGCGUUGAAGUUAUAAAUCUUCUCAUCCAAGCUGAUGCUGAUAAUCAUCCUUUCAAGAUAUCAUUGAUCGAGCCAAGUUUUUACUGCUUUAGAGUUGUUAUAUUUCUUUGAAUUUCAUGUUUAGAGAGGCAAACUAUUGUGCCCAUUUGCUAGCUUAGCAAUGCCCUUUUUUUUUUAAA